CAGGCGAGCUGAUAAUUUGCUGGCACCUAAAAGAAUUCCUUUUUAUUUAGGUCGCUUUUUUCUUAUUUUCCUACUUCUUUUUGACUGGAGGGCCUGCCAAAAAUUUCCCGUCCUCCUCGAGCCUUGCUUGUCCAGUCUGCUUGUGUCCUCCUUCUGUCGUGUUCGCUGUCCUUCUCUGGCCCGAACGAAGAUUUUGCGCACUCCACGGCUGCUGCAUUCUUCAACCCAAAAGAGCCGCCCACCUGGUUCACUGCGGCCCAGCAUCAUUGCUGCCUUUAAACACCCGACAUUCUGUCCGACCGCCACAUCGCCCGACCGCCACGAGGGGAAGAGCGGGAGACCAGACAAGGAAAAAAAAGUCAAAGGGAAAAAAAAAAAACGAAAAAAAAAACCGAAAAAAAAAAGAAGAGAAAAAAAAAAAAAACGCACACAGCGACGACGCCCCUCUGUCCGGCGCUUCAGUGCUGCCACCUCUUUGCCUGCCUUGAUGCAGCUCUGAGUCCGGGCUGACCUUGCUGCUCGGCUCGGUGGCUACCGCUCCCACCUCAGGUCCAACCGCUCGACUAGCACGCGAGUGGGCGACAAGCAGCAUUAACCCAAGGUCUUAAGGGGUUCUAGCAAAUUCCUCCGCGGCUGCUCCGUCCGGUCCGAACAACUCCAAAUGAAGUUUUUCGGCAAGAAAACGUCCAAAAAAUCGCAGCCACCGGACAGCGGCGAAGAAGAGGACGACUUCUCCCACCCGGAGCCUUCCUCGCCCGCAAAGGGCCCCUCCCGCACUCACACAAAAUCCCCAUCAAAACUCUCCGCCACCCCCAAGCCCGCCACACAAGCCGCCGCACCACCCUCGCCAGUGCAGAGCCCCCAGCCGCAGCAGCAACAGCAGCAGCAGGCCGCGCCCCGCGACCAGAAGCCGCGCACCUCCCGCUCCUUUGGCCGGCACUCGACCGACCCGGGUUCCUCGCGGCGAGCCAAAAAGAUUGACCCCGACACCCACCCGCUCAACCUGCCCCCCGAGCAGCGGAAGCGCUACUCGGCCAUGUCAAACAUGUCGGCCAACCGCGACUCCAUGGACAUCGACAAGGAGCCCAUCAACGGCGCCACCCCGUCGCCCAAGCCCGCUGCCGCCCCGAAGCCCCAGCCUGCCCCGCCUGUGGCCGCCUCGGCCUCCUCAGCAGCUGCUGCAGCCAGUCAUACAAAUGGCGUCCCCGAGCCCAAGGAGACCGUCCCUAUACCCCCGCCACACACGUCCCCGGCCCCGACGCCUGCCGACGAGGCCGAGACAUUCAAGGCCCUUGGAAAUAGGUUUUUCAAGGACAAGGAGUAUCACCGUGCCAUCGGCGAGUACACAAAGGCUGUCAACCUGGUGCCCGACUCUCCCGUCUUUCUGAGCAAUCGGGCUGCCGCCUACAUGCUGGCUGGAAAGCACGAAGACGCGUUAGAGGAUUGCAAGCGGUCUAUUGAACUGGAUCCCGGAAACCCCAAGACUCUUCUCCGGUUAGCUCGCAUUUACACCAACCUGGGCCAGCCUGAAGAUGCUAUCGCAACCUUCAACCGCAUCAGGCCGCCUCCCUCUGCCAAGGACACGGCCCCCGCCCGGGAGAUGCUGCAGCACGUCAGGUCGGCCCAGGACGCUCUCAGGAGCGGUGCGAGCUCCAUGGUGCUUCGCGCCCUCGACAUGGCCGAGCGGCAUCUGGGUAUCGGCGCCCUCAAGCCCCGCAAGUGGCAGCUCAUGCGUGGCGAGGCACUGCUCAAGAUGGGCGACGUCAACUCGCUCGGUGAGGUGCAGAACGUGGCCAUGUCGCUCCUGCGGGGCAACAACCAGGACCCCGAGGCCCUCGUACUAAGGGGUCGGGCUCUGUACUCGCAGGGUGAGAACGAUAAGGCCGUCCAGCACUUCCGCAAGGCCGUCAGUCUCGACCCGGACUUCAAGGACGCCGUCAAGUGGCUCAGGGUAGUCCAGAGGCUCGACCGCAUGAAGGAGGAGGGUAACAAUGAGUACAAGAGCGGCCGGUGGCAGAAUGCCGUCGACAAAUACACAUCUGCCCUUGAGGUCGACCCCUACAACAAGGGCACCAACUCCAAGAUCCUGCAGAACAGGGCUCUGGCCUUUACCAAGCUGCGGAUGCACGAGCAAGCCAUCGCCGACUGUGACAAGGCCCUGUCCCUCGAUCCCAGCUACAUCAAGGCUCGCAAAACCAAGGCCAACGCCCUCGGGCUGGCUGACAGGUGGGAGGAUGCUGCCCGGGAGUGGAAGGCGCUCUCGGACAUGGACCCAGAGGACCGCAGUCUGAGGCAAGAGCUGAGGAAGGCCGAGAUGGAACUCAAGAAGAGCCAGCGUAAGGAUUACUACAAGAUUCUCGGCGUGACCAAAGAUGCCGACGACAAGGAGAUCAAGAAGGCCUACCGGAAGCUUGCGGUCAUCCACCACCCGGACAAGAACCCGGGCGACGAGGCGGCCGAGGCGCGUUUCAAGGAUAUUGGCGAAGCGUACGAGACCUUGAGCGACCCUCAGAAGCGGGCCCGGUACGACAGCGGCGACGAUUUGGUCGACCCUUCGGACAUGUUUGGCGGCGGCGGCAUGCACGGCGGCAUCGACCCCGACGUGCUCUUUAGCAUGAUGGGCAACAGCGGCGCUUUUGGCGGCGGCGGCGGCGGUGGUGGCUUCCCCGGCGGCGCCAGCUUCAACUUCAACGCCGGGGGAGCUGGCGGCCCCCGCCAGCGCGGAUACCCCGGCGGCUUCCAGUACUCUUGACAACCCAGGCCCGACGACGUUGACGAUGGAGAAGACAGCUCCGAUUCUUGCGCCUCGUCCCGUUCCGAUGAGGAGGCCGAGGACACCCGGGGUUAUGGUCUGUAUUCUGACUCGGAGGACGAAAGCUUCGACCACGGGCCUGACCAAGGGCAUACCGCCCGAGACCAGACGGAGGGCGAGUGGGAUGAGAGGAACAUGUACGCCGCCGGGACGCGCGGCAACAAAAGCGGCUUCGCGGCCGCCAGGGACAGCGACGAGCGGAAGCUAACCCGGAUCCGAAAGCUGUGGCCCUGGCUUGUCGGCGCCGCCGUGCUCCUACCGCCCAAUCUUGUUGGUUUUUUAAUCCUGAUCUGUGGUGUCAUGUAUGUCUUUAGCGUGGCCGCGGCUAAAUUUGCCGUGGACCGGGACCGUCACGGAGGGGACCGUCAUUGAAGUAAAAGGCCGCCGUCUUUUUGUUUCCCCCCUGUUUCUUGGGCGGCCUCGCAAGCCGGGACGCAUAGAUUGGCGGCGCGCGCACCAUCCCGCUUUAAUUUUUUGCUUCGUGUUCUUGUUUUCUAGAAAGGUGUAGCAAGUGUGGGAGGGAACACUACCCGUCGUCACUGAUAGACCGCACAUUUUCUUCCUACUCUCCCUGUUCCUUUACUCGUCCUCCUGCUACCGUUAUUGUUCAUCUCUACCCUUCCCUCGCAUUUCUUGUCUUCAUGAAUGGUCUCAGCAACACGAUAUCGGGCGUUGUCAAGGAAAGGGGGCGAACCGGGCUGUGUGGCUUUUCUUGCAACGGGCCUCGCGAACCCACUUCAUUUUUCUCACGUGUCAUAAUUUCCUAGUUAGAUGUUGGAAAUCGACCGUGUCGAUUCUCAGGCACUUGGCACUUUUGAACUACCCAAGAUGUUGCCGGCUGUGUGGCCUUCUAGCUGUGGAUUGUGUGAUGGUUCCGAGUGAA